AUGUCUACUUCCCUGGGAGCACGUCAUCCAGUCCAUGAGCAACCUCCCACCAAGCGCAAGAGAAGCGACGAUGAAGAAAGCUCCACACCGAAGAAAAAGGCACCAACCAAGGUGCCAUCAACGCGAAAGUCCAGGACAGCGAGCGAAUCCGAGAGACUUUACAAAGAUAGCACCAAAGCCAUCGAGAGAGGAAUCCAAGCUCUUGACAAAAGAGUUAAAAGUCUCAAAUGGCUCGAUAUGAACGACUGCAUUCUGGCCCUUACAAUCGACAACUACGCAGCAGCUGCUACCGAGCAUCUGCCGAAUGUGUUCGAGCUGAAAGGCAUGGAUAACGGAAUCGCACUUGCAUUCGACCUGACGAUGGCUAUCGCUGAUAUAUCGUACAAAGACCUCGAAAUGUCAGGAUGGGGCGAUGCUGAAGCAUCCUAUGAGGAGUUAGACGGAGUUUUGCUGAGCCUCAUCCCGAGUCGUGAGAAGCCAACAACCAGUCUGGCAAGUCUGCCUGAAGUGCCACUUCGAUGGACGCCCGAUGGUGUUGAUCCCAGUCCUUCUGGAACCGGACGACCCGGCACCUUGCAUCAAGGCUGGACCUACGCCCGGAAAAUGAAGCGGGAGAAGGACAGACGCGAGGCGAGGAGGGACAGGAGAGAGACAACACAGAAUUGGGUGUCUAUUGCUCUUUCUGAGUUGAAGGAAGACAGAGACUACCUGGACGCCUACGGGAUAGAAGGCUACUUCCCAAAGAGCAUCGCAGCUCUGGAAGGCAUCCUCGCCGAACAGUCCUCCCCUGAAGCAGCGUCUCCAUCAGGGGGUAGCGCUUGA